AUGAUACGACAUACAUCACUCUUACGAUCAUUUCUACCUUUUCAUAAAAGAGUUGUUUCUUUAUCAUCAACAACUUCAUUAAGAUAUUUGUCAUCCAAUGAGCAAGCAAGGGUCAAUCUAGUAGGGAUUCAAUAUCUAUCAGAGAGUUUACAUAAGAAACUUUUUCCAACCACUGGUAUUUACGAUUAUAAAAAACAAGAAGGUAGUGAGUUAGGAAAUAUAGCUCAGGAACAUCUUGAAAACAACGACUUACUUGGGAAGAAAACUCAAAUAACAGAACCAAUAACAAUUAAUAGUUUUCCUGACCUAAUAGGGAAUUCACUAGAUGAACAUUUUAAUAAAUUAGGACAAAGAUCCUCGGAACAUUAUAGAUUGAUGGCAAAUGAAUUCUUUCAUAAAAAGAAUAACAUUCCUCCAUUACCCCAGGAAGGUACUUGGUUAUUUCAACCUGGUUGGACUAGAUAUACUUCAUCAAAACAACCAGAACUGGUACCGCAUCCAUUAGAAGAUAGUCUAGUAUUUGAUGUUGAAGUUGUUUAUAAAAUAUCAAACUACCCCGUGCUUGCCGUCUGUGCUUCUUUAGACGCUUGGUAUGGCUGGGUCUCUCCUGUACUUAUGGAUAUAGCCAAAGGGAAACAAGGUCCUGAAUUGGAUUGGAAUCAUUUGAUUCCUAUGGAUUGUGCCACCAAGAAGAAAUUAAUCGUUGGAUAUAAUGUCAGUUAUGAUCGAGCAAGAAUAUUGGAAGAAUAUAAUAUAAAACAAACCAAAGCAUUUUAUCUAGAUGGGAUGGGACUUCAUGUUGCAAUUAGUGGUAUUUGUUCUCAACAGAGACCGACAUGGCAGAAACAUAAUAAGCUGAAAAAAAUACGACAGAAUCAAAUUGAUAAUGGUGAAGAUGACGAAUCUGUAAUAUCCACAGCUGAUGAUAUCGUAGCUGAUAUACAAGCUCAACUUGAGAAUGAUCCUUGGUUAGAAAAAGGUGCCCCAAAUUCAUUGGCAAAUGUAUAUGAAUUUCAUUGUAAUUCAAAAUUAGAUAAAACCGAUCGUGAUUACUUUAGUACAGAAGAACCAAAAGAUAUAAGUGAUAAUUUUAAUAAAUUGAUGCAUUAUUGUGCUAAAGAUGUUGAAGCUACUUAUAAAGUAUCUAAAAAAUUAUUCCCCAUUUUUCUUCAAAGAGUACCCCAUCCAGUAUCAUUUGCAGCAUUACGUCAUAUGGGGACUUUAAUAUUACCAACUUCGACUAAAUGGGAAGAGUAUAUUAAAUCAGCAGAAUCAUGUUAUGAAGAGAAUAGAGCCAAGAUGAUGAAAAAUUUACAAACAAGAGCAAUGGAAUUAAUCGAAUAUAUCGAAAAAGAUGAUCCUUCCUUAGAACCAGAACACGAGACGGACCCAUGGUUAAGUCAAUUGGAUUGGACAUUAAAAGAACUAAGGAUAAAGAAAGAUGGAACCCCUUGGGCAAAACAAGCAUAUUUGACUGGAUAUCCAGAAUGGUAUCGAGAUUUAUUCAAAACCAGGAAAGAUAAAAUGAAUGUCUCUUUAAGAACAAGAGUGACUCCGUUAUUACUAAGAUUAAGAUGGGAAGGAUAUCCAUUGUUUUGGCACCCAACUGACGGUUGGUCUUUCAAAGUCCCAUAUGAUGAACGAGAAGCCAUAGAAAAGAAAGGGUAUACAGAGAUAUCAAUAUCAACGAAGACUCCAGAAUUGUUUCAAGCACUUAGACCAGCGGGGAAAACUUAUCAUUUAUUCAAAGUCCCUCAUCCUGAUGGACCUGCCAAAAGAUGUACAUCGAUCUUAUCUAAACAAUUUGGUCGAUUCUUUGAUGAAGGUACCCUAACUUCAGAAUAUGAAUAUGCACUGGAUAUUAUUUCUCUAAAUAAUGAGGCGUCAUAUUGGAUGGGGAAUCGAAAUCGAAUAAUGGGUCAAUUCGUGGUUUAUAAUCAAGAAGGCAAGAAUAAAUUCUUUAAAACCAAGAAAGAUCGAUUAAAACAUAAAAAUAUGGGUAUCAUAUUACCCCAACUCGCCUCAAUGGGGACAAUCACCAGAAGAGCCACCGAAAACACCUGGCUUACUGCCUCGAAUGCCAAAAAAAACCGAAUUGGAUCUGAAUUAAAAUCAUUAAUCCAAGCACCAGAAGGAUAUUGCUUUGUUGGAGCCGAUGUCGAUUCUGAAGAAUUAUGGAUUGCCUCCCUAGUUGGAGAUUCUAAAUUUGGAAUCCAUGGUGGGACCGCAUUAGGUUGGAUGACAUUGGAGGGGGAAAAGAGUGAAAAAACUGAUUUACAUUCCAAAACCGCCAGUAUUUUAAAUAUAUCCCGUAAUCAUGCCAAAGUUUUCAAUUAUGGAAGAAUUUAUGGUGCUGGGGUUAGAUUUGCCGCUAGGUUAUUAAAACAAUUCAAUCCCGAUAUCAGUGAUCAAGAUGCUGAGAAGACUGCGAUUACAUUAUAUGCCAAAACCAAAGGACAGAACGGAUAUUUGCCAAAGGACGAAGGGAAAGAGGGAGAUAAACAAGAAUCAACGAAAUUCAGAGGAGAGAACGGAUAUUUGCCAAAGAAGAAAGGGAAAGAGGGAGAUAAACCAAAAUCAAAAAGAUUAUAUUUCGGAGGAUCGGAAUCGAUUAUUUUCAAUGCUCUUGAAGGGAUUGCGAUGCAGGAUGAACCAAGGACUCCAGUAUUGGGGGCGGCGAUUACUGACGCGUUGAAAAAAAAACAUUUAAAAGAAAAUGGGUUUUUGACAUCUAGAACCAAUUGGACAAUUCAAAGUUCCGGGGUGGAUUAUCUUCACUUAUUAAUUGUUUCCAUGGAUUAUCUUACGGAGAAAUAUAACGUAGAUGCAAGAUUAGCAAUUACGGUGCAUGAUGAAUUGAGAUAUCUCGUGAAGGAAAGUGAUAAAUAUAAGGCAGCAUUAUUAUUACAAAUCAGUAAUAUUUGGACCAGAGGGAUGUUUUGUGAACAAUUGGGUAUAAAAGAAGUUCCACAAUCUUGUGCAUUUUUCUCGGAAGUUGAUAUUGAUCAUGUCUUAAGAAAAGAAGUCGGUAUGGAAUGUGUAACCCCAUCCAAUCCGGUUCCAAUCCCACCUGGUGAAUCUCUUAAUAUUGGAAAGUUGUUAGAAUUAUGUGAUCAUGGAUCAAUUUUGGAUGAAAGUAGUAAACCAAUAUCAUUUGAAGAAUACACUUAUGAAGAAAGACUGCCGGUUAUUUUUGCAUUAGAUAAAGACUUGCCGGAUGAUAUCAAGACAAUAAAGCUUGAAUUGGAAACUGCUGUAGACGAGAAAGAAUUUAAGAAGAUAAUUCGGGAGAAGCUUAUGACCUUAAGCGUGGAAUCAAAUAAAGCUAUUUCUCUUUAA